AUAGUAAUUUUCAUUUAUUCAUAUAGAACGUCUUGAUUCUUUUCUUCUCAAUGAAAUACUCACGUUAUUCUUUUGGACAUAAUUAUUAACUAUUUUAUUCCUUUCUGGAUACAAUUCUCAAUUCAUCCUUUUUAUAACAUCUACCUCGAGUCAGUCCUACUUUUUACCUAAAUCACUCAGCCUCACAUUUCAAUACAUCUUCUCCAAUUAUGGACGUUAAGAAGCAAAAAGUCUCAUUUUCUGGCGAAGACUCCAGAUUUGAAGUGACAAUUACUCGUAGACAUAGUAUCACUGACAAAUCUUCGGAAGCUACAUGGUGGAGUAACGAGGAAUCAUUUGCGAGUAAAUCUCAAAUUACUCGCAGACAUAGUUUUAUCGCCUCCCAGGACUUACUCUCGAAAGCUGUAUUGGUGAGAAGGGAAGAAUCAUUUGGGGAAAAAUCUCAAAUUCCUCUGCUUCAUCUCACCAUUCCUCCAAUUCAGACCCAUCCACUGCCGAAGACAAGAACAGAGAUGGAAAGUGCGAAUUUACAAGAAUGGACGUACAAAAGGACUUCUUUACUGGGUGUUCCUCGUGAAAUUCGAGAGAUAAUCUAUGGCUACAUAUUCCCAUCCAGAUUUUAUCUGGCGCCUUAUUGUAAGGCCCCGCAAGAAAUAUCUUGGAAAUUUGAUCUCGACCCAAUUUUAUAUGCAUAUGGGAAUCGAUCCUCAUAUGACAAGAUGAAUUUAUCUUUUCCGAAUUGUCAGGCUUUUAAUGCAUCUUUCUUGAGAGUUCAUCCGCGAAUCUACCAGGAAGCCAGGCAACUUUUCUGGAAACGUGCCAUAUUUGUUUUGCCGACCCCAUAUCGUGCAAUCGAUGCACUUAGGUCCAUCGCUCAAGAUUCCAUCAAACAUAUCACGCAUAUCGAGCUUCAUGUAAGAUCUUUCGACUUUCACUACUGGGAAUUUUCAGGUCUUUGUCCCGCAAUUUCAAUGAUGAACUCACUAGCUCGACACGGACAAUUACAAGCAAUAAAUCUAGUGAUAGAACAUGUUAUGCUUGGCUUCAACAUACGCGAUCUACUGAGAAGCCCUGUCUCUGAGAGGGCGCACAGAUUCUAUGGCACUUUAAUAUUUUUAUGUAGUCUGCAAACUUGGAGAUGUCAAAGAGGUAUCAAAAUUACUGGUGGCUCGAGUUAUGAGGAGGUACUGAGGAAUACUCCUAAGAACUCUCCUAUGAGUAUUCAGAAUCUAAUGUAUGUCGUUGAGAAACUACAUGCGGCUUGGGGUGGAAUAUUUUAUGUAGGGGAUACAAUGGCCUGGAAGAAUGGCCGUCAUGUUUACAGAGUCCCCUACCAAGCAAUCUCUGAAUCAGUAGCAAGUUAAGGUGGACUCGUGGUAGAAAUUUGAUCUUGAGGAUGCAGCAGCUUGGGAGAAUGUUGGUAAUGACUUACGAACCUUCGUUCAGACCACAAUUCAAUCCUUCAGAUAUUAUUACAGGUCCGAUCUAGAGAUCUGAUUAGAGAAACAAUCCCUCCUGGAUUAUUCUUCUCCAUCGGAACUCUCUAGCUAUGAACGACCGAAUUCUUACCUUGUCUCCUCGGCCGAUGGUAUAACCUGAAAUUGCUAGGCAAAGCCAUAUAUGCAUUUAAAAACGGUAAUGGAAGAAGGACUGCACUGUUUGAUUCGUCAAAACUUGUGGCUUUUCUGUAAUGGCUUGACUGGAUUUAAUGAUCGUCAUCGAAGCCGAAAAGACAAAUCCACUUGACUCUGACGCGGAGUUUGAUUUACAAACAACGAUUUUCCUACCGGCUGAAAACUUGACGAAUUUCGAUCUCAGUCCAACUUGAUAUCGUUUAUGGAGAGAAGAUGGCAAAGAACUACGUUCAAUUCCCGAUCAAACAACUUUCUUGUCUACCACCACCACCUCCUCGAGACUCCUUCAUUACCGCGUACUUCUACUAUUGCCUUCUCCAUCGCCACCUCUACUUGUAUUAUCGCUUUUGUCAGUGUGUACUUCUACGACAACUUCAUCUCCUCUUCACUCGAUAUAAUUUCAUACAUUUGAUUGAACUCGGAUAAUAUCUGAUUCCAAUUACUGGUUCUGGCUAGCCUCUCUCGAAUUCGAACUUUCCAUAACCACUGUCGUUUGUCUCUCCCUCGCCCUCCUCGUCCUCGCCCACUUCUACAAAAGCUUAAAUAUUCCUAUCGAUCAACGCAACCCCACAAAUUGGCACUUAUUCGCUGUUAUGCCGAAGCUGGUUCUUUCGGAAUAUAUUCAUAUUAUCAUUUCAAUAGUCUACCAGCUCUCUACGGAUUAGAACUUGACGCCGGUCUGAACUUCUGCGGUAGACUUCCUUCGACAACUCAUAAAUGCAACUGGAUAAUCACAAGGCUCUAGUAGUGGAUUCCACCCUUUGGAUACCUGGUGGCUAGAGGGCACUCCGUGUAACCUCAGCAUCCAAGUUUAUCCCUCUGGUUAAUUUGAGGAUGGAUGUUUGUUCGCUGCUAGGAACUGAAUAGUGUUGAUUUCAUUCACAUUUGUAUAGAAUAUAGAAUUUUGGUAUUUCGUAGAAGAUAGAUAUAUUAUUAGAUAGGUAGAUGAAUAUUAAUGCCAAUAAA